AUGAUCCUCAGCCCUGCAUCUGCCCCGCCACCAUCUCUGCUGGGAAGGGCGGCAGCGUUUGAAAGCUCUCUCUUCUGGCCCCCUCCGGUCCGAGGGCACAAACCGCUACCACCACGCGAGGACUGCCGCGCGAGGACUGCCCAGGGACCUUACCCCAGAGGCCGUUCCCCACCCCACCCCGCUGGCUACCCCUUCACUUUGGGCAAGCUCUGGCGGGCGUUAAGGAAGGCGCCCCCCAAAUCUCUCCGAGGAGGAGGGGGCGAGCUCCGCGCCCCCUUGUGCAGCAGGCCCAGAAGGCCCGGGCCCUGCCUUCCCCGUGGCCCUCCCAGGCCCCCCCCACCUCCAGCGGCCCUUCCACCCACGCCACCCCGGCGGCCCCUUCUCCUCCGGACUCACCCGGGGGCCCGCUGGCGAGCCGGGCACGUGCAGCCCCCGGGUCCCCCUCCCCCCCGAGCGAGGGCGCCCGGGAAAGGCAGAGGGCAUCUCCCCCUCCCGCCUCCAGAACGGGGGGCAGGGAGAAGCAACGCACAGGAAGGUCCGUCCCCGCUUUCCGUCCCUCCUCCCGCCCCGCCGCCUUCCGAGGCGCCCGAGCGCGGGAGAGACGGGACGGCGGCUGCCCAGCGAGGAGGAGCCGCGGAAGGGCUGGAGGGCGCCGCCGGGAUCGCCGGAUUCGGGCUCGCAACCGCGGGGAAUUUGGGGCGCCUCAAGGCCCGGCCGAGUCAGCGCGGGGGGGCUUUUCCCGCGCAGGGGAGCCGGGAAGAGCAGCCUGCGACACCCCCCGAUCCCCGCGUCCCUUCUGUCCUCCUUGAGGAGGCCCGAAGCCCCGCCCCUUCCCCCGCACGCGCUGCGUCUCUGUGGCUGGGCCCCGGCUGCGGGCAGGACGGACACCGCGGUCCCCCGCCGGCCCAAGGAGGACCCCCCCCCGCGAGGAGGAGAACGGGGCGUCCCCGCCUGGUCCGGGCCCCGCGGGGCCUGCUGGGCAUGCGCGGCCUGCGGGCGGGGGGCGGGGCUGAGCGCGGCGGCGCCGGAGCCGGAGCCGGAGCCGGAGGGAGCCUCGCCCGGCCGGAGGGAGACGCGGCUGCCCGGCCCGGAGCGGCCCCGGAAUGUAAUCGGGCGGAGACGGGCCUCCCGGGGGCGGCGGGGGUCUCCUGCGGAAAAGGGAGGCUGGGACGGCGAAACAGAGGGGAGAUCCCAGGUCAGACAGGGAGGGAGCAUCCCAGCCUUACUCUGAUUCAGGUCGGGGUUAAUCGAGGCUUUGGGGCACCCCCACAGCUCAUGUGCUGCCUGGAAAAACCUGUGGCCCAAGUUUUGCUUGCAAAUUGUCUCUGGUUAGAAAGCCCUGUGAGCGAGCAGCCCUCGGAAACCAUGCAGGGGGGGAAGCCCUUCGACCGAAGGUCCUCUCCAAGGAAGCAGGGGAGACUCUCCACGUGCUCCAUGUGCGGGAAAUCCUUUGCUCACCGGUCCCUCCUUUUGAUCCACCGGAAGCUGCACACGGGGAAUGCAUCGCAUCUGUGUGUGGAGUGUGGCAAAUCCUUUCCUGGAGUCUGGGGCUUUGCCAAACAUCUCAGAAGCCACCCCAGACUAAGGCCCUACAAAUGCGGAGAGUGCGGAAAGCGUUUUGCUAGAGGCUCAGACCUUGGAGCCCAUCAGCAAAUCCACCAGGGAAGGAGACCUCAGGAAUGGCGGAAGUACCAGAAAAGGUUUCCUGAGGGAUGGUAUCUUUCUAGGCCUCCGAAGGGCGCCACUGAAGAGAAGCCCUGCAUAUGUGGACAGUGUGGGCUGUGCUUUUCCCAAAAGUCCGAGCUUCUUAAACAUCAGCAAAUUCACACUGGAGAGAAACCUCUGGGGUCUGGGAAAUCAUAUAAUCCGACACUGAUCCUUAAGGUCCACGAAAAACAUCACACAGGAGGGAAACCUUACACAUGCUGGCAAUGUGGGAAGGGCUUUACUUGCAAUUCAGAGCUUCAGAUCCAUGAGAGGAUUCACACAGGAAUAAAACCCUAUAAAUGCUUUGAGUGUGGAAAACGUUUUGCUCAAAGUUCAUCUCUUUGGAGUCAUGAGAAAACACACAGAGGGGAGAAAAACGAAAAGUGCCUAGAAUGUGGGAAAUGUUUUUCUGUCAAAUCAAGCCUGCUACGACAUCAGAGAAUUCAUACCGGAGACAGACUGUAUGAAUGCCCAGAAUGUGAGAAACGAUUUGUGCAUUCUUCUGAACUUCAGAGACACCAGAUGAGGCACAAAGGAGAGAAACCCUAUAAAUGUGGGGAGUGUGGCAAAUGCUUUUCCUGGAAGACACAUCUUCAUUCACACCAGUGUGUCCACAUAGGUGAGAAACCAUACAAGUGUAUGGAAUGUGGGAAAUGGUUUGCUCGAAAAGCAGGACUUUGGGAACAUCAAACUAUUCACACAGGGGAGAAGCCCUAUCAGUGCAUCGAGUGUGGAACAUUUUUUCGUACAAAAUCAAUCCUGACAAGUCAUCUGAAAGUUCACACCGGGGAAAGAAAUUACAAAUGUUUGGACUGUGGGAGAGCAUUUUCUUGUCAAUCAUCCCUUAGAAAUCACAGCCACCUAAUGCAUAUAGGAGAGACGCCCCAUAAAUGCUUGGAGUGCGAUAAAUGUUUUUCCAGCAAAAAUAGUCUUUUGAAGCACGAGAGAAUUCAUACUGGAGAAAAACUUUUUCAAUGCAUGGAUUGUGGGAAAUCUUUUUCCGACAAAUCAAGCCUGGUGCGACAUCAGAAAAUUCAUACUGGACACAGACCCUAUGAAUGCCCAGAAUGUGAGAAACGAUUUGUGGAUUCUUCUGAUCUUCGGAAACACCAGAUGAGGCACAAAGGAGAGAAACCCUUUAAAUGUGGGGAGUGUGGGAAAUGCUUUUCCCGAAAACAACAACUUGGAAGUCAUCAGAGAAUUCACACUGGAGAAAGACCCUAUGAAUGCCCAGAAUGUGAGAAACGAUAUCUGUCUUCUUCUGGACUUCGGAAACACCAGAUGUGGCACAGAGGAGAGAAACCCUAUACAUGUGGGGAGUGUGGGAAAAGUGUUACCUCAGGAUCACAGCUUCGGAUUCAUCAGAGAAUCCACACGGGGGAGAAGCCGUACAAAUGUGGGGAGUGUGGGAAAUGCUUUUCAGAAAAACAAUACCUUGGAAGGCAUCAGUGGGUACAUACAGGGGUGACACCAUUCAAAUGUGAAGAAUGUGGGAAAUGUUUUUCUCAAAAGUCAGUGCUUUCAGAACAUCAGAACAUUCACACAGGGGAGAAGCCCUAUGAAUGCAUGGAGUGUGGAACAUUUUUUCGUACAAAAUCAAACCUCAGAGGUCAUAUGAGAGUCCACACGGGGGAAAAAAAUUACAAAUGUUUAGACUGUGGGAAAGCAUUUUCUUCUCGAUCAUCCCUUAGAAAUCACAGCCGCCUAAUACAUGUAGGAGAGACGCCCCAUAAAUGCUUGGAGUGCAAUAAAUAUUUUUCCAGGAGAGAUACUCUUUUGAUGCAUCAGAGAAUUCAUACCAGAGAAAAAGCUUAUCAGUGCCUUGAGGAUGGGAAAUCUCUUCCUGACAAAGAAUAUCUUAGACAAGAGGAGAGAAUUCACACAGGAGAGAAACCUUACAAGUGCGGGCAAUGUGGGAAGGGCUUUACUUGGAGAUCAAAGCUUUUGUCACAUGAGAAGACUCACACAGGAAUAAAACCUUAUAAAUGCUUCGAGUGUGGAAAAAGUUUCGCUCGCAGUGACUAUUUUUCAAGUCAUAUGAAAAUACACAAAGGGGAGAAAAAUCAGUGCCUAGAAUGUGGGAAAUGUUUUUCCACCAAAUUAAGCCUGGUGCGACAUCAGAAAAUUCACACCGGAGACAGACCCUAUGAAUGCCCAGAAUGUGACAAACGAUUUGUGGAGUCUUCUGAACUUCGGAGACACCAGAAGGGGCACAGAGGAGAGAAGCCGUAUAUAUGUGGGGAGUGUGGGAAAAGUUUUACCUCAGCAACACUGGUUCGGAAUCAUCAGAGAAUCCACACGGGGGAGAAACCAUUCAAAUGUGGGGAGUGUGGGAAAUGCUUUUCCCAAAAGCAACACCUUGGAAGGCAUCAGAAGAUCCAUAAAGGAAUGAAGCCAUACAGAUGUGUAGAAUGUGGGAUAUUUUUUUCUCAAAAGGCAGGACUUUGUGAACAUCAGAAAACUCACACAGGGGAAAAGUCCUAUCAAUGCAUUGAGUGUGGAACAUUUUUUCGUAACAGAUCAGCCCUUAGAAGUCAUAUGAAAGUUCACACAGGGGAAAAAAUUACAAAUCUUUAGACCGCAGGAAAGCAUUUGCUUAUUCAUCAUCCCUUAGAAAUCACAACCGAGCACAUAUAGGAGAGACACCCCAUAAAUGCUUCGCAUUUUGCGGCUUCGG